GCGGCGAGGGGGGUUGGGAAUCGCCUCAUUGGCUUUUCGCAAAGCAAGUCGAGGGCCGCUGAAGGCCACCGGCAGCGCUGACACGCGUGUUGUCCCCCAGCAGGCCUCCCCCAGCGUAGGGACGCGGACCCCCGCCGGCGCCUGGCACCCUCCUGCACAACCAGCGCGCCAUGGCCAGGCUCCUGGCCGCCUGCGGGGCGCUGCUCCUGCUCCUCGGCCUCUGCACUGACGUCUCCCUCGCCAAGAAGGGCAAGGGCAAACCCGGCGGCUGGGGCUACCACAACCAAAAGCCUUGGAAACCCCCAAAAUCCAAGACCAACUUCAAGCACGUGGCCGGGGCCGCGGCGGCUGGCGCCGUGGUGGGUGGCUUGGGGGGCUACGUCAUGGGCCGCGCCAUGUCGGGGAUGCACUACCAUUUCGACAGCCCCGACGAGUACCGGUGGUGGAACGAGAAUGCGGGACGCUACCCCAACCGGGUGUACUACCGGGACUACAGCAGCCCCGUGACGCAGGACAUGUUCGUGGCUGACUGCUUCAACAUCACAGUGACCGAGUACAACAUUGGCCCUGCUGCUAAGAAGAACAACGCGUCGGAGACCGGGUCGGACGGCAACAAAACCGAGACCGAGAUGGAGACCAAAGUGGUGACCAAUGUGAUCCGGGAGAUGUGUGUGCAGCAGUACCGCGAGUACCGCCUGGCCUCUGGCGGCCGGCUCCACCUCGCCGAGGCCUUGCCUAAGCUCCUGGUCCUCCUCGCCGUCUUUCUCGCCAUGCCUUGAGGGGGUAUCCAUCUGAAACGACCUCUUGUCCUUCCUUAUGUUUGUCUUUUGGUGAAGUACCGUGAGAUCCAUUAGCACCAACAACAUCUUAGAGACACGAGACAAAUGUCUUAGAGACUCGAGACACCAGUAGUCCUCUUCUGAAGCCGUUCCCAGUUAUCUCCAUGGAGGCUCCAUGUACAAUGCAGGGCCAUAAGUCAACAGGAUUCAAGUUUAGUCAGUCUUUGUUCUAGAGAUUACUCUUGUGCCACAUUCGCCACCACUCGGUACAAGGCAGUUGUCAAGUUAUGGAGGCAGACACACAAGGAAGGGGCCUUCACCAUGUCAUCCUCUUCCUCGGAGCUGCCCUCCACCUUCCCUGGCAGAGCAACGCAGGAAAUCCUCUUUGCUAACAAGCAACAUUUUAGCUAAUCUGCUUAGCAUCGAUGACACUAAAAUAGCCUUGCCUGGGACACGGCACAUCGUUGAGCAUCGUUCUAGGUGCUGGUCGCUCGGUACGCAUGUGCCCCAUCACAGUUUUUGGGAUGGGGGGAAGGAUGGACAUAGUUUUUCAAGCAAGACCCUUGGCUGCAAGGUUGCAGAGGUCGCCUUUUUGCCCUUUCUAGGCUAAUCCCCCCAAACCAACCCCCGCAUGCCCAUAGAAACCAGCCCAGCCCGGCACCUCGCAUGCUGCAAAUAACUCCCGCAGCAGCCAAAGGAAGGCUUUUUUUUUUUUUCCCCCCUCUCUAAAACAGCAAGACUAAAGCUACGGCCGCUCACCAAGUCCUAAUGCGCCGAGCGCUGCGUUGGGCUGGUUAAACCAUGCCAGUUUGCUUUGAGCCAAGCUGCCUCUCGCAUAGACUGUUCUAAGGAGAGAAAGGCUGUGAAAUGCACGGGGCAUGCGUGCUCACCCCAGGGCGAGCAAAAGUCGCCUUGGGCGGCCGUUAAAAUCAGCAACGGGGCUUGCAGAGGGAUCGAGCACGGAGCAAGAGACUCGCAUCAGCUACCCGGGAUGGUGGUGGUGAGCAACAUUGGAAAACCCAAUCCUGGGAGACGGGGGAUGCUGAAAAACCACUUUUUGCAAGCAAUUAGUUUGAUGCGCAGUGCUCCAACCCACCCAGCGCGCGGGCGGCCCGGCGGUAUUAUUGCUCCUCUGGCUCUGGCGGAUGCUGAUGCAAAGGCCCUGUAUAUAACCUGUAGCUAUAUGUAAAUCUCUAUGUAAAGUCAUGCUUGUUGAGAUGGUCGCAGCGAGUAUCUAAUAUAUACUGUGUAUUUUUUUGCAAAGCACUGGAUGACGCUGUUAUCAAACCACCCUAAACUGUUUUUUGCUUUGGUGUAAGCUAAAUGGAGAGAGAGAGAUAUAUAUAUAUAUUGUAUAGAAAUCUUUCAGAACAUUCACCAUAAAAGCAGGACUUUGAAGUCACACGUACUUUGUGAUAUGAGAAUGUUUUGUAAAUUUGUAACGGUGCAUGUACUAAAUUUUACGUUCCAAUACUUUUAUAAGUGUUUGAUGUCUGGUAAAAAUUAAAAUAAACAAAGCAAAGAGGCAA